UUUUUUCUUCCUUUUUUUUUAUUUACCAAAUGGGUUCUUUAAAGAUUUCAUCUUGAAGGCCUUUUCCUCACUAUCGACCCUUCUAGACGAUAUUUUCCGCUUCUGGGCCUCCAUAAAAAAUGGCUGCUUUAGAAAUAACCCACAUAGAUUUAGAAUGCGGCCGCCGGAGCUCCGCCGGAGCUCGGCGCGCUGCCGGUGAGGAGGAGGAGGAGGAGGAAUUGGGCAGUGUAUGCUUUUCCGACGGGUCUUCAAAUUCCCAGUUCUACUCCACCAUCGACGGUGACGGGUCAUACGAUGAUUACAGCUUUGCGGGUCGGUCCGAGAUUUUGGAAGACGAUGCUUUGGAAAAAGGAGAAAAAGGAGAAUUUGAGUCUGUGGAUUUAGAGUGUGGUGAGAAAAAGGAAAAUUUGAGUAAUUUAGAGAGAGAUUGCAGGAUUUGCCAUUUGAGUCUCAUUAGUAGCAGCCCUAGUUCUGGUUUGCCCAUUGAGCUGGGCUGUUCCUGUAAGGACGAUUUAGCUGCUGCCCACAAGCAUUGUGCUGAGACUUGGUUCAAAAUCAAAGGAAACAAGACUUGCGAAAUCUGCAAUUCGAUAGCUCGAAAUGUGGUGGGCCCCAACGACACGGAGGCCGGUCAGCAAGCCGGCGAGGGCAUUUUGGUCAUUCCGAGUACGCCUGUGGGCCCCACGGCAGCAGCAUCGGCAGCCGAGACCCGAACGUGCUUGAAUGGCCACCGGUUUCUAAACUUCCUUCUGGCUUGUAUGGUGUUUGCUUUCAUCAUAUCUUGGCUUUUCCACUUCAACAUCCCUUCAUAGAGAGAGAGUUACUUUCUGAAAUAUGUAAAAUACUAAAAUGUGAUUGAUGCAAAAAAAAAAAAAUACUGCAGCUUAUAUAAGUUGAUAUAAGCUUAGGGGGAAAAAAAACAGGAAGGAUUUGAAGUGUGCAUUUGAUGGGGGUUUAGCUGUAGUAUUUAUUUAAUAUUUAUUGUUAGGAUUUUUUCUGAUUAAUUAUGGAAAAACAUUGCAAUUAUGAGAUUAUUGAGAUUGG